GAGAAAUGUACGGUCUGCGGUAAUGGUCCCUACUUGAAUACACAGCCCAGUUAAUUUUACCGACACCAAAUCAGAGUCAAGGUGCCAAUGUGACCAAACAGGUAUUGUUUGAAUAUGUGCUGUCCUGGGAAUAGAGAUAUAUGAUGGAACUUGAGCCUACAAUCAGAUGAGAGUUACAAGUGAUCUCAUGUUGAAUAUCGUCACCUUAAAACACGAUCUUUAUGGGAUUACUGAUAUAUCACCAGAGUAAUCAAAUAACACAUAGGCUACUUCUAUAUAGUUAGGACAGCCUAUUGGCAAUUCAUAACAUAAAGACAGUGGUGGUUGUAAACUUGAUCAUGUAACCCCUGUCCUCUGCAAUUCAUACUUUUUCCCCAUGCGACUUUCUCCUCUCGCAGCUCUCUUGGGGGUGGAGAGAAAGAAAAUGAGCAACCGCCGUUAACGCACAGUUAAAUCGGAGGGACUUUAAUCUCCAACAACUGUCAAUCAACAUUAAUGGGCUAUAUAAAGCCAUAUUGUCGUCAUACCGGUAGUCAGACAGUGCUGGGAUUGAAAAGGCUGAGCAUAGUCGAAGAAGUCAAAUCCAAAUUGUGUUGGUUGGCGCACGCACUGUUGGCAUUGGCUCUCAAUGUCAGCUAUUGUCACUGCAUGUUCGUACUGUGCCUAUUAUAACAAAGACUUAUGUGUCAACAUUGAUAUUCAAACUGGAGUGAUGAUAAUUCUGUCGUAGAGGGGUAGUGUUAUGGAGAAGACUUAAAGUUCCAACAUCUGGCAUCCCCGCACUUUGGGAAGGUGUGCAUUGCCUAUGUGGAUACUCCAAUUGUAUUCUCAGAAAAAGGCAUCUUUAUACCUCAAAGUCGUAAUGGAACUAAAUAACUUGGGACACGCUUUGCUUUUCCCGUUCCACAUCCUCUUCUGCAUAUUAAAAGCAUGCUUUGGGUUGUUGCUCCCGAGCAGACGGAAGGACCUACGUGGAGAGGUGGUGCUGAUCACCGGCGGUGGACGGGGCAUCGGUCGGCAUUUGGGGAAAGAGUUCGCAAAACAUGGGGCAAAAAAGGUGAUCCUGUGGGGCCGCACUGAGAGGUGUCUGAAGGAGACCUGCGAGGAGAUCUCUCUCACCACCGGAGUCGAGUGCCACUACUUCCUGUGUGACGUGGCCAAUCGCGAGGAGGUGUACAAGCAGGCCAAGGUGGUCCGAGAGAAGGUAGGCGACGUCACCAUUCUGGUGAAUAACGCAGCAGUGGUUCAUGGGAAGAGUCUGAUGGACAGUGACGAUGAUGCCCUGAUGAAGACUCAACACAUCAACACACUGGGCCAGUUCUGGACCACCAAAGCUUUCCUACCCCGCAUUCUGGAACUUUGCCAUGGCCACGUGGUGUGCAUCAACUCCAUCCUGUCCCUGUCCUCCAUCCCGGGGGCCAUAGAUUAUUGCACCUCCAAGGCAUCGUCCCUGGCCUUCAUGGAGAGCCUCACCCUGGGCCUGCUGGACUGCCCCGGGGUGGGCUGCACCACCGUGCUCCCCUUCCACACCAACACAGACAUGUUUCAGGGCAUGAAAGUCAGGUUCCCUCAGCUCUUCCCACCGCUGAAUCCUGAGCUGGUGGCCCAGCGGACGGUGGACGCAGUCCGGACCAACACGCCGUUCGUCUACUUACCAUGGACCAUGCACGCUCUCGUUAUCCUCAAGAGUCUCCUGCCUCAGGCGGCCCUGGAGGAGAUCCAUCGCUUCUCAGGGUGCUACACCUGCAUGGACACCUUCAAGGGACGGACAUAGGAAUGGAGGCCAGGCACGAGUACUGCCCUGGUCGUUCUUGAAUUGCGGUGGCAUUUGCGUCGCUUGCCUUUGCAACCAUGAAAAACACAUUUAAAAUGACAUAGUUACACAUCAUAAAUGUUUUUGUAUAUAUUGAACUGUUUAUAAAUGGUAGAACAUAAUGCAAGUCCUUUAUCCUGCAGAACUGUAGGUUUAGGCAUUGUUUAAAGUACUUAGGGUAUGCAAAUUGGCGUAUCCCACUAGUGAUGUGUAGAAUUGUAGUGUUUUAGAGAUACUGUAUCAAUCAAUUAUUAUGAAUGCUAGAAAGUGAACGAAACUAUUUAAUAUAUUGUAUAGAUCAAUUAAAACAAAGGCUAUUUAAAUAACUAUUUUCUUUACUAGUAUGACGUGUCACUCAGUUUCAUGUCAUUGGUGUUACCGCCUUGAAAAUCACUCAUUACAAAGAUAAACAAGGACUCCAGUGGCAAACUGUUAUCGGGGAAGGGUCUAUAUUAAAGAGAACUCUUAGCUAACCUUUUAGUAUGUCAUAAAUUGAAGGAUUCCAUUGAUAACUUGGUGUGUCUAAAUCCAGUGUCAGUUGGUGUUUAAAUAAAGGGAAAAAACAUUGUGAGCAAAAUAAUUAAUAAUAUCAUUUUAGUAAAUUACUUUUAAAGGAUUGUUCACUUUAGAUUUGAGCAUUUGUGGCCUCCAUGUCAGAAAAUCCUUAUUUACCUAAAAUGUCUCAUUGGUGUUACCAUCAUUGGUGUUAAUAAUCCAACUGGUGGCACAAUGUUAACAUCAUGGUAAAACAUUUGUAAAGUCAUUAAGCUACCAUAUUAGUUUAUUUAGAAUGGGAAAAUGUUCCCAAAUACAUAAACUAGAAAAAUUAAGUUAAUUUUCUCCAAUGUCAUGCCCAAAUGCCACUGUAAUUCAAGAAUGACCUGCCCAUUUUCACAUUAGAAACAUUAACGCCGCGGCUUGGCACUAAGAGCUACACAACAGCUGCUCGUCUAAAGAUGAAAUUACAGUUGCUAAUGGUAGAGCACAGACAGGGCCUUCAGAAAGGAUUCAUACCCUUGACUUAUUUCACAGUUUGAUGUUUUACAGCCUGAAUUCAAAAUGGAUUUAAUCAAAAAUAUUCUCUCUCACGCAUCUACACACUACCCCAUAAUGACAAAGAGAAAACAUGUUUUUAGACAUGUUUGAAAAUGUAUUGAAAAUUAAAUAUCUAAUUUACAUAAGUAUUCACACCCCUGAGUCAAUACAUGUUAGAAUCACAUUUGGCAGUGAAUACAGCUGUGCGUCUUUCUGGGUAAGUCUCCAAAAGCUUUGCUCACCUGGAUUGUAAAAUAUUCUCACAUUAUUCUUUAAAAAAAUUCUUCAAGCUCUUUUCAAGUUGGUUGUUGAUCGCUAGACAGCCAUUUUCAAGUCUUGCCAUAGAUGUUCAAGCCGAUUUAAGUCAAAACUGUAACUAGGCCACUCAAGAACAUUCAAUGUCAUCUUGGUAAGCCACUCUAGUGUAUAUUUGGCCUUGUGUUUUAUGUUAUUGUCCUGCUGAAAGAUGAAUUUGUCUCCCAGUGUCUGUGGAAAGGCAGACUAAACCAGGUUUUCCUCUAGGAUUUUGCCUGUGCUUAGCUCUAUUUAGUUUAUUUUUAUCCUAAAAAAAACUCUGUAGUCCUUGCCGAUGACAAGCAUACCCAUAACAUGAUGCAGCCGCCACCAUGAUUGAAAAUUUGAAGAGUGGUACUCAGUGAUGUGUUGUGUUGGAUUUGCCCCAAACAUAACUCGUUGUAUUCAGGACAUAAAGUUAAUUUCUUUGCCA